GAUAAAAUUAGAUCUUUUUUUAUUUUUUUUCUCUUUUUUUUUUUUUAUAAUCACCUUGAUAAAAGUAAACCGUUCAUUCAUAAAUAUAAAUUUAUUUUUUAUAGAUCAUAGACUAUGAUUAUUCAGAACAAAGUAAAAAUUAAUGCAUCGAGCGUUUCAUCGUCAUCGAAAAGAUAUCUUUAUACCCUUUCGUUUCAAGUUCGUAUGUAUACUUGGUCACCUUGAUGAUAUGAUACUAAGCAUUACAAUUCUUUAUACUUUUCUGGCGACGCGAAUUAAUUGAUAAAGUUAUAUUGCAUUGAUAAAGUAAAAUAAUUGAUUUUCGUUUAUUUUUUAUUAUGGAAAAUGAAAUUAUAUUCAAUUGCUAUUUUCCCAUUUGUAAAAGUUCUAGUUAUGAAUUUUUAUACGAUGAAUAAUGUAUACCAAGCGAGUACUAUAUAUAAUGAUACAUCAAAAAAUAAUAGAGUCAUUAAAUUACAUAAUUAAUUAAUUUCUGUAAAAUUAUUCGAAUAUAAAAUAACAUAUAUGUUUGUUAUUCGAAUUACCUUAAUACAAUUUUAAUAAUUUGAUAUGUAUGUCACAUUAAAUUCAUUUCUUUUACAUCGAUUAUAUUACGUGUAAAGUUACUUGGUAAAAUCUGAUUAAAUUCCGUUAUGAUUCGCGUGAUAUAAUUGACAUUGGCAGGAAUAAAUAAAACGAUAAUAUGUAAUAGUUAAAAGAUCUCUAUAUCGUGACAAGAUAAUACGGACGUUGUUGUGUAGGAAAAAUAUAAAAUGGCGUAUGUGGGACUACCGCUAACGAUGUGUAUCCUGCGCGUAAGACGUUUCUUCGAAUUUGGAAAUAUUUGAUAGGUUUAGAAGUACUUUACUUUUCGAAAAAUCUGCUUUGACGAGUUUAGAAAGAUUAGUGAACAGUGAUACUUCAAAAUAAUCAUUUAUGGAUUAAAAUUGUGGUCGUUAAAUGGGCAUCGUCGUUUCUUAUUAUUGAGCCAAAUUGCUAACGAGAAAAAAAUGGCGGCUCGUUGCGUUCGAGAUACUAUACCGGGACUUCCGGAAUUUGCACGCACGAUACACCGUCGAUAACAAUGUAAGAAUCAAUGAUGGCAAUUUUUGUUGUUUUACGGAUUGUAUAUUUUCGGACUUAAAAGAUAAAAUGAAAGUAUUUAUCUUUAUAUAAAGCUGUGAUUUUACGAAUGUUAUGAUUCGAAUAACUGGGAAAGUAGACUAAUACUUGACUUUGAGUUUUUGUGUCUACUCAUAAUAUACUUGUAGAGGUAUGGAUCGAAGAUGUCAGGAAGACCGCCUCGUUUGCGGGCACUUCGACCUCGACCAAAGCAGCAAGGCAAAACAGAUGUAAUACAAAAAAUGAUGACCGAUCUUGAAGAGAAUGAAAUAGAAACUGAAGCAAAAAACGAUAAUGUUGAUCUAAAUGAGGAAGAGAAGGAGAUUAUGGAAUCUUACAAUACUGAUGAUCAAACAGAAAAUCAAAAUGAUAAUGACCAAUCUUUUUUUACGGAAGAAUUAUUUAAUAUGAAAGAUAUCAGUGAAGGAUCUCCAAAGGAUCAAUCCAAUGUUAAUAUUUAUUUGGAACAAGUGAAAAAGGAAAGUCAACAAACGACCAAAAGCAUUCAUGAUACAAGUGAGAAUCAAUGUCCUAUAUGUCCUUAUGAUGCAAUAUCUUCACGUGAUCUGGAAACUCAUCAUCAAGUACAUCAUUUAAAACGAAGAUUCUAUCGUUGUGCUAAGUGCUGUUAUGUUACGCAUGUACGAGCACGUUUUACAAAGCAUAUCAAAUAUCACUCCAUGCCAAUGAUCAAGUGCGAUGCCUGUGAUUUUAGAACACCAUAUAAGUGGAAUUUGGAUCGACAUACACGUAAUCAUGGUGGUGGAGGGGCUUUUCAAUGUAGAGCAUGUAAUUUUACUGCUGAUAUUCGACAAAGUUUAACUGUGCAUGAAAUGAAUCAUCAUGAGCCUCCAGUAGGUAUGUCAAGUCGUAGAAGUAAUCCGUUUGAACGUAUUAGUCCAAAGCGUUAUAAUCAGGUUGGUGCAAGUGAUUUUCGGGAACCUAUCAAUACAACAGGAAACACUACAUCAAUUAGUCUUGAAGAAUCUUUUAAUUCUGAUCAAUCAAUUGACGAUAAGAAAAGUAUACUUGCAGGUGCAGAUUGUAUAGCUUUAAAAUGUGAAGAGAAAGCUUGUCAAUUUGUAACAGCUUGGGAUUCUGAAAUGCAGCGUCACUUGGCAGAGUGUCAUGCACCAGCUGCCUUGAACAAAUCCAAAAAACCAUUGCCUAUGUUAAUUCCGUUAAAUCCAAUUAACAUUAAAUCAAAUACUACUUUAAAUAGUAAUACAUCAACGACACUAUUAAGAGUACCACGUGUUAGAGUAAGACCUGAACUUGCCCAAAUUGCAAGGGAUACCGAAAUGGCUAAAUUAUAUGGGAAUAAAGAGAUGAGCUCAAAGAAGGAUCUCAAUAAUGCAGUAAAUGCAUUCGAAAGAAAAAAUGCCUCCUUUUUUGAUAAACUUAAAGAAAAAUUAUCAACAUCAGCAGCCAUGAACAAUGGGAUACCAGAGGUAGCUGUAAGUAACAUGAACGAUCUGAAAUGUUGGUGUACGUUUAAAGCUAGUAGCAUGGAAGAACUGGCUUGUCACAAACAAACACACCACACUGCUCUCAGCGUAUCUGUGGGCAUGUCACGUUGUCCUAAGUGCAGGAGACGUUGCAAAAGUACAACCGAUCUUGAAGUACACAUGCAGUGUUGUCAGCAAACAAGCAGAGAGUCAUCAGUUGAUAGUAGUUUUGAGAAGGUUACUGAGUGCUCGGAACUUCGCAUGGCUGCAUACAGUAGUGAAUAUACAUUUCCUUCUCAUUUGGAAUGGGACACCAGUCUUGGAGGGCACAAUUCUUCUGGAUCUUCGGUCGAAGGAACUUCUACACAUCCAAAUGGACGACGAGUAUUCAAGUGUCCUCAUUGCCCAUUUUGGGCAUCCACUGCAAGUCGUUUUCACGUGCACAUAGUUGGUCAUUUAAAUAGGAAACCAUUCGAGUGUUCUCUCUGCGCAUAUCGUUCUAAUUGGAGAUGGGAUAUUACAAAGCAUAUUAAGCUUAAAGCAGCAAAAGAUCCGGUGCAUUUGACUGCUAGAGUACUUAUGACUGAUGAAACAGGUCGACGAAAUUAUUCGAAAUAUAAUAAAUACCUUGCACAGGUUGAACAACAAGUAUGGGAUGAUCAAAAUAUGGAAGAAAGAAGUAUAGAAGAAGUUAAUUUUAGUGAACCACCAACUAAAUUGUUAAUUAUGAGUAAUAAAGAAUACUCACAGACUGCUGAGCUCACUUCUGCUGUUGAUCCUCUUUUAAUAACAAACGAAGAAAAUCACAAUGAAAACAUUAUAUCUUUAAGACAUCCACCUCCACUAAAAGCCGCUGUUAAAAACCGUGGGCAAUCCUUGCUUAAAAGUAAUACUGCAAAUGUACAAAGUACAAAUAUCUCUAUCUCUACUUCAACAACAGCAGCAUCAACAACUACCACAACUAUAACUGUCGACGAUAGUAAGCGUACACUGUGGAAAUGUAAACGAUGUAACUAUAAAGAUUCUAAUAAAGAUACAGUUUUGUUACACGUAAAGUCUCAUUAUGAAGUUGUAGAUCAAAAUGCCAAUGAAGAAAGGAAUACAUAUGGUUGUGAAGAUUGUCCAUUUUCUGCACCAGACACAGAAUCUUUAUCAAUGCAUCGGAUGCAUCAUCGUCCAAACAAUAAUGCAAUAUUUAAAUGUUAUCUCUGUCCAUAUUAUGUUAAUACAAAAGCUGAAUUAUUAGAACAUGCAAGACUUCAUGGAGAAGAAUUGGCCGUUGUACAUCAGCAAAGUAUGGAUUUUCACAUGCCUGUUGUAAAGUCCAAGUUACAGGCUAUAAAUUCUGAAGACAGUGAUAAUAAUUCGAAAAAAGAAACUUCCUUGGAAAAGAAUAUUCCAACUACAUCAAAGAAUGAAGAAUCGUCCCCAUCGAGUGUACCAACAAAAAGUUCGAGUGUACCGCCUCCUCUUCUUUUAGAUACCCGUGCAUUGCCCGAUGCACCAUUAGUGUGGGUAUCGCGACCAGACUGUACCUUAACAAAAAUGCUGAAAUGUCGACACUGUCCUUACGUGACUUCUCGUCGUGCCGAGGUUCGCGAUCACGAGACGAUGCACGUCGAUUAUCCAAGUCAAGAGCCCCUAAUUGCCUGUGAGGAUUGUAGUUUUAGUUGUACGCGUAGAGAAGUGAUGACCGCUCAUACGAACAUGCAUUCAGGCUCUUUAGGUACCGUUCAUUGCUUGGUCGAUCAAACGCGAUCCGAUUCACAACAGCUCAAUGAUUUAGCGGUGUUACUUGGACUGACAUAUCAGCCAAUUUUGGGAGCUGAACCAGAUUUGCGUGAUUUACGAUUAGUACAUUGUUGCAGUAAAUGUCCAGCUCGAUUUCUAUGCGAAAAAGAAUUGAGAAUACAUUUGCGUUAUCAUUCGACCGAGCUAGCAUACAUGUGCCCAUGGUGCUCGUAUGCUGCACGCCAGCCAGCUCAUCUUUUUGCUCAUCAGAAAGCACAUUCUACUGAAUAUCAAGAACGAACAAAAUAUCUAUUGACUUUGUAUGGACACUCGCAGAGAUAUCCACCACCUCCAACGGCAUGCGUGGAGGCUAACAAUCAAGAAUUCGGCGACUCGUCGAUUAACGUAGCAUGGAUUGUCGUGCAAGUUUCAGAAGGUACACCGUAUCCCCUAAACACUUCUUUCGCAGGGAACUCUAAUCAACGAGCUAGUAAUCAAGUGUUUACCUGUGCCAAGUGUCCAGCACGAUAUUUUAAAUUAGAUGCUCUGGAAUAUCAUAUGACCCUACAUGGAUCGAACAAUCGUUUCAAAUGUUCAGAAUGCGAUUAUUCUUCCAAAACAGCUCAAAAUUUAAUAAAACAUCAAGUGGUACACCGAAGACAUAAUGAAACGAGCGAUAGCGCAUCACCGAAUUCUUCUUCGGCAUGUGCACCUGAUCCACAAUUCGGUGUAUACAUGCAUGGUAAUCCAAAUUUCGUUUAUCCGGGUUAUUUACGUAACGGUCGAUUGAAGGAAAAACGUUACAAAUGUCAUAAGUGUCCUUCGGCGUUCGAAAAACGCGAACAGUAUAGAGUACACUUAACGUUACAUGGUGCUAAACAGCGAUAUCGAUGUGAUACCUGCGAUUACUCUGUUAAAUAUUACGCAAAUUAUAUUCAACAUCUGAAGAAGCAUCAAGCCAAUGCAGAGGCACAAGCUUCUCGACGACGUUUAGAAGACGAUACUAUAUCAAUUGAUAGCGAUGGUAUCAUCGAUACGACAAUAAACUGUCGUUCUGGUAAAACAAUUAGAUCAAGUACGACAAUAACACCUGUUACAACAAUUUCCGUAUCGACUAUAAACACAGUAGCUGGCAGCGGCGGUGUAACGUCGGUUUCAACGACAACGAACUCAAUGCAGGUCUCGAAUCAAGACAAGCAAACUUUAAUUUUGAUGCAGAAAAAAGGAAUGCUAUUGCCAUCGAACGAAAAUGACACCGAGAUGAUUCGUUGUCAGAAUUGCCCAUUUUCAACGAGCGACAAGGAAGCUAUGGAUGCUCAUAAAAGACGUCACGGAAUUGAAAGAAUGACGCCAUCUUGCCCACAUUGCGAUUAUAUUCCUCGGAGAGAUGAAAAUGUGGGUGAUCACAUCAGACUGCAUUUCACACGACUAUAUAAGCCCGAGUCCUAUCUCAUCAUAGAAUUACUCACACUGACGAUGAGAAAGGUAGCUGUUAACGGGAAAGAUGAGCAGGGUAAAAACACAGAAUUACUUUUUAAAGAGUAUGCAGAUGGAAGAUUCUUUCCUCAAACAGAUGGAAAUUCUAGCUCGUUCAAUGUCAAUACGUCGCACGUUAAUAAUUUUAAAGAAAAAGUUAUAGUGGAUCCAAAUACUGGAGAGACCAAACAGCGCGUUUUCGUUUGAAUCGUUUACUAUCAUGCUAGAAUGAUUUAUAAAGUAUGAUAAAACGCCAUUGUGCCAUCUAAUAGAACGGUUAUCGCAUAUGUGAUUAUAAGAUAUCUAUCUCGAAUUUCAUAUUUCUUUCAUUAAGAAGAAGAAGAAAAAGAAGAAGAAGAAGAAAAACUAUAUUUAGCCAUAUCAAAUAUGAUCCAAAUGAUGUAAGAAGUACAUACGUGGAUUUCAAAUAACGCUUAUGUAGUAUGCAUAAAUGUAUACUAGAAUUUUUUUCUCGCGUAUGUAGAGGCAUAAUUUUGAAUGCAUCAUAAUGGUUUGAAUACUUCUUUUUCUUAUAUUAUAAUUUAAUAUUAAGCAACAAAAUUUCUUUGUUAUAAGCUGGUUUGUAAAGUUGAUGUAUCUAUAAACAAUGAUAAUAAUUGUUAUCAAUAAAAGACCAAUAAGCGCUCCAUUACCUUUUUGUAAAUAACAACGAUUAUUAUCUUUAAAAUUGUCCUAAGAAUAAUCUUACUAAUAAAUAUGUUAUGUUCGGUGUACGAAUGCGUACAAUUUUUUCUACUUAUUAAUAAAAUAAAAUAUUUUUUCUCUUA